AUGAUCUUGUUACGAUCGCUACUGGUGCUCGUCACCACCUCGCUUCCCCUAACCUUCGCCCUUUUCGAGGGCUGCGACCAGCAAUACCAACUGACCUCAACAGCCAACGUCCAGCUCAUCUCCCCGUUCUACCCGAAUCGCUACCCAUCAGGCAGUUCCUGCCGCUACACGUUGAUCGCCCCCUCCGGCUACACGAUCGACCUAACCUGCUCGAUCAAGAUGGACACCACCGCGGGAAGUUCGGCCUGCUCGUCCGAACUCCUCUACAUCUCAAAAGAGGGAUUCCCAUCCGUCGUUGGCAGUGAGUUCUUCUGUGGAAGUGGAACCGUUGCGCGACGAUCGCUCUUCAACAAGAUCAUGAUCGCGUACUCGUCAAGCAGUGCCAGCGCCGCUGGGUCGUUCAGCUGUCAGGUGCAGGUCAAGCCGCAGGACUGCGAUUGUGGAUGGUCAGUUACGCAGAAGAUCGUGGGAGGUAGUACGGCGGGGGUCAACGAGUACACUUCGUUGGUUGGGCUGCUGGACAAGAUCACCGUGAACGUGUUUUGCUCUGGGGUCAUCAUCAAUUACAGGUACAUCCUGACGGCGGCCCACUGCGUGGACAACACUCCGAGUCCGGAUCGUAUCCAAGCCCUGGUUGGCGAUCACAACUACCGGAACGGUCUCGAUACCCCCUACUCUCGGUUGUACGACAUCGAGAGUAUCGUAUGGCACGAGAAUUACGUCGCGUCGACUAGGGAUAACGACAUAGCGGUCCUAAAAACCACCGUGGACAUGGAGUGGACUCGGGGUGUCGGACCAGUUUGUCUUCCGUUCAACUACUGGUACUACGACUUCAACACGCUGCAGGUUGACGUGGCGGGUUGGGGAACUACAAGUUUCGGAGGUCCACAGAGUACGACCUUGCUGAAGACCACCUUGGACGUGAUCGCGAAUGGAAAUUGUCCGGUUCAGUACGUCAACAGUAAGAAGAUUUGCACUUUUACACCUGGUAAGGACACGUGUCAGUUCGAUUCCGGUGGUCCGCUGUAUUUGCGUGGGGUUCAACGGAUGUACACGAUCGGGAUCGUCAGCUAUGGAGGAGCCUGUGCAGCGGCCACUCCGUCAGUGAAUACAAGAAUUACGGCGUAUCUCGAUUGGAUACAGACCAAGACACCUGGAGCGACUUAUUGCGUUAAAUAA